AUGGUUCUAACAAUUCCAUCAUCACUUCUUGUUCCGAGCAAUUUCAGCCACCAACUCUCCUCUAAUGGCGCUACUAUUCCUAUCGAUUCAUCAUCACCAGCAGGAAUGUCAGUCGGCGACGAGAUCCCGACGAUCGACUACCUCGCCCUCUUCUCCGCCGACCCUAACCGGCGGUCCACGGCCAUGGACCGCCUCUCCGUAGCCUGUGAAGACUACGGCUUCUUCAACCUGGUGAACCACGGGAUAGAGGAUGGAGUGAUGGAUGACGUGGUGAGGGGGAUAUCGGAUUUCUUGGGGGAGACGGCAGUGGAGGAGAAGAGCAAGUACAGGGAAGUGCAUACAGGGGCUAAGAUUCUCUGGGAUUCCAAUUGUCACGCCGGUGAGAAUCGGGAAUAUCUCAAGCUCGUUGCUCGCCCACAGUUUCAUUGCCCGCCUCAUCCUCCAUCCUUCAGGGAGGCUUUGGGGGAGUACCAAACCAAAUUCCAUGAAGUGAAACUGGGUUUGGCUAGGGCUAUGUCCCUAAUCUUAGGGCAGGAAGAGUCGUACAUCGAGAAUGCUCUCCAUCUGGAGUCAGGCUUCGACGUCGCUGCCAUGAAUGUUUACCCACCAAACUUGCACUCGAAGGGCAGCAUUCGGCUUCCUGAACACACCGAUCCUGGCUUCAUCGUCUCCCUCGUCCAGAACAUGGACGGUGGCCUUCAAAUCCUAACCCAUCAAGGAAAAUGGGUCAACGUUCUCAUUCCUCCCAGCGCCAUCCUCAUCCAAGUUGGGGAGCAUUUAGAGAUUCUAACGAAUGGCAAGUAUAAGAGUCACAUUCAUCGUGUGUCGGGCAACUACAAGGCAAAAAGGAUCACCAUGGUCACACUUCAUGGGCCAUCUGAAAACAAAUUUGUUGCUCCGGCUCCAGAAUUUGUGGAUGACUCCCACCCGCUGGCUUACCGUGGAAUGACAUACUCGGAUGGGUUGAAAGCCAAUGGUCAUUAUGAGAUUGAAGUUCAAUCAUGCAUUGCACAACAUAGAACUCUUUAG